AUGAUAACUCAACUACUAAUAUUUUUUAUUACGAUAAAUUCGAUUCAAUGCAAGGCUCUACAGGUUUGAUUUACAAAAAAAUUUUUUUGACAAAAAUCAGUAAUUAUUUCAGUUUUUCAUCGAGCCAAUACAAAGACAAAAUCCGACUUAUGUUCAACAAUUGGUUCAAGGCAAUAUUGAGAGAAUCAAUCAGGUAUUUUAUCAAAAUCCAAUCCAGUUAAAAAAUAUUUGCAGGGCAUGAACUUGACAUCUUCCGUAAGCUUGGUUUAUGAUGCUGGACAUUAUAUCGUUGUUGAUUCUCCUUCUGCUACCGAUGUUGCGUCAAAAGAAAUAAUGCUUCAGGGAAUUGGAGCAAAUAAAAUUUCACCAGGAGAAGUUCAAUAUGUUGUAACCACUCAUGGACAUCCGGAUCAUUUUGGACAGGGUAACUUUUUCCCAAAUGCAAGACAUUUCUUUGGAAGUUAUGAAUAUUCGGAUACUAAUUUCAUCUCGACCGAAUUGCAUACAGUAAGUGGGAGUUUUUUGGUGUUUGUUUUUGUGAUUUUUGUUUGCGAAAGUGCAAAGUACAAAAAAUGUGUGAAUUAGGGCUAUUUUCUAUAUUUAGAAAAGAAACCUAUCAAAUUUCUAUUUCGAGUUCAAGUUUUAAAUAUUUUCUCAAAAAAAAAAUUGACAUAAUGAACAAUAAUAUGUAGUUUGUGUAACUAGACUUUUCUGACCUUUUGAACUUUUUUAUUUGCAUAAAUUUUAAAAGAACCCGACCAAUUCGAUAAGUAUGCAUAAUGUGUUUCCGAUAAUGUGAUUUCUGGUCAAAUAAUUAGAGAAAGAUAGAUACAGGGGAGAUCAAAAUUUGAAAAUAAAAAGAAAAAUAGCAAAAUAAUUUCACAAUCUCCCCACAUUCUUUCAGAAAGACAUAAUGCAACUUACGAAAAAUGUUCAACUUUGGAACACUCCCGGUCAUACCGCUCAAGACGUCUCAAUCAUUGUUCACAAUGUUUCUUGCCACGGUGUUAUCGCAGUUGUUGGUGACUUAUUCUAUCACGAACAAGACGCCAAUGAACCAAAUGGGGUUUGGUUCCAAGAAGCUUGGAAUCCAAUCAUCGGGAAAAUUAAUCGGAAUAAGAUCUUAUGUUAUGCUAAUUAUGUCGUUCCUGGGCACGGAAAAAUGUUCAGGUUUGUCUUUAAAAAAUUUUUUUAGAGCUCAAACUAAUUAAAUAUUUUUUUUAAGAGUUACCGAGGUUAUGCGAAAGAAUUCCGAUUGUUUCACCCAAUUUGAAAACGAAGAAAACCUUGCUAACCUCCUGUCUGGAUCAAAGAAACCAUUUUCGACUGGGAAUGCAUUCCAAUUACCAAUCAUUUUUCCACCAACACCAGGCCCUGAAACAAUUACAGUACCCUCGACUACUGUAGCAACCCAGGAAGUUGAAGAUACUACAGCAAAUUUCUUCACAGUGGAUCUAGAAGCAGGUAAUCUCUGCAGUGUUUUCAUCUUACUAAAAAUUCAAAACUGCAAAUAUUUUUAGAGACUCCAACUUCAAUUGAUCUUGAUGAUGUGUUUGAUUUGAAAAAUGUCCAAGAAAACCUUCCUCCAUUGAUUGCCAAAGCCAAAAAAUCAGCAACAGAAUUUCAAUUCAAUCCAGAAAACAUUAAAAUCCCAACAGAAAUCAAAAUUCCUCAAGAAUAUCAUCCAAUCGUUGAAAAAGUUGCGAAACGUCUCAAUGAAGUUAUCAAAAAUCCACAAAACGAUGUGAAUCAGAAUCCACAAUUUAAACAGUGGAAAUCAACUUUGACAAAAUUAUGGAAUCAAUAUUUUCAAAAUUGA